AUGAGUAACGCAGCUAGAGAAGCACAAGUCAAGAAGUGGCUGCUGCUGGCCACACUAAUUGCUGGCCCAGUGACGUGGGCGUGGGCGUUGGAGCAUGAAAACAUGCUGUGCGCCAAUGAUAAUACGCCCACGUGUGGACGCAGCCGCGGUGAGUAUUUGAUCUUCAAGAACGAGUGUGAGCUGCGCAAGGCGCAACGUGAGAAUCUAAUGGCGGCACCGCUGUUUGAUGUGGCGCUGCAUUAUUGUUUGCCUGGCUGUGAGUUUGGCUGCGAGGAUGUUUACCAACCUAUAUGUGGUGUAAGUGUGGCUAGCAAUGAGCGCAGAACAUUUAGAAAUCGCUGUGAAAUGACGCGCGCUGGUUGCUAUGCCAAGUCGGAUUGGCUGCUGUACAAAUGGGGCGUGUGUCCCAGCAGCAGCAGACCCAACGAACUGCAGCAGCCGCAGCAUAGCGUGUUGAUAGGACAGCGCAAGCGUCGCCGUCCGCUGCCCUGCACCAAUAUCUAUCGUCCUGUGUGCGCGAGUUAUGCAGGCGUCAAGUCGAGCUUCAGCAAUGAGUGUUUGGUUAAUGCGGAGAACAUCCGAACAGGCAGAAACUGGCGCAUUAUUUCACAAGGACUUUGUGGCGAGGACAGCACCAAAAUGAAGCAUAAUCGCAAGUAUAAGCCUAAGAGCAAGCCCAAGAAUAUGGAGCGCAGCAAGCGCAGCGAUAAGCAGCAGAAUGAGCUUGCGGGCUUUGAAAAUGCUGUGCACAUCUUUGCGCCCUCGACUUUUCACACGCAGUUCAUCAGCAAUGAUGGCAUGGCCAUGGAGAAAAGCUAUUCGCUGCCAGCGCGCAAGCCCAGCAGCAGCAGCAAGCUAAUGAGCGUCUAUGGCAGCUUUGAAAUGAAGCCCAAGCUGCAGUCCGCGCACAAGAGCUGCGUCUUUAGCAAUGAGCCAGUCUGCGGCAGCUUCAAUGGCGAAACGCGCAGCUUUAGCAAUGUGUGCGAGCUUAUGCAGUACAGUCAAACUGUAGGCAAUGCUUGGACUGUGCUAUAUGAAGGCGCCUGUCGUCAAUGCGAUAAGCCAUGCCCAACUGUCUAUAGUCCCAUUUGCGCCAAUCGCAAUGGCAUUAACUACACCAUUAUAAACGAAUGCUACUUGGAGCGCCUGCGCUGCAAGGAUCCCAACAGCGUUUGGCGCAUAACACAACGCGCUGAAUGCGCGCAGCUCAACGAUGAAGUGUCCCAAAGCAUUGUGAGCAGCACACAAAAGUCCGCAUCACGCAUACCACAAAUGCUUUAUAGCAAUCAUAAAGCCACUGCAGCCAAAGCGCCAGCUGCAGCUCGAAAGCGUUUGCAUUUGCGCAAGCGUCUGCGCACUACAACUGUCAACACACCCACGCCCAAGGAUAUGAAUCGCAAGAUACGCAAGAUUGACGCAGAGUCGACUGAUCAAUUUGCGGCAACUUGGGCAAGCAAUAACAACUGGUUGCUGCCACAAAGUCAAUACAGCUAUGAAAAGCCAGUGUACAAUUGGCUAGCCACGCCCACAACAACAACAACAGCACAGCCUACAACUGUUGCUAGCGUCAAAUCUUCUGCCAAAGUGGCUGAAAGCCAAAGCGAACAAACUUCAAUUUAUGGUUUGGCUAAAGAUUCAUUGAUCAUGCGACUGCUGCGUGCGCAAAGCAGCAGCAAUAGUGUUUUAUAA